AGACUUUAGGAAUAUGCCGCAUAUACAACGACCGUCGUCCGUAGACGAUCGUAGCGUUGCAAUUGCAACAUUUACGAUCGAAGCGUCGCUAGUUCUUCUAAAUAUUCUUCCGUUAUUGACUGUAUUAGUAGUAAAGAAGGAGAGGAGGUCAACCGACGAACUAAUAGCUGCAUUGAGCGUUAACGAUAUUCUUGGUGUUUUAUUGCCUUUACCAGCCCGACUCACAUCGUUUAUCAGGAAGGAAUGGAAGGGAGGAAGAAUUGCUUGUCAACUUUAUCAACUAACCGUCCAUUGGACGCAAUUAAACGGCAUGUGCCUAUUGACUUUAAUUUGCAUAGAUCGUUUCUUAUCCGUUCGAUAUUCGAUUGAGCGAAAAACGCCCUAUUCGAAUGGAAAAAUACGCAUAAUUGCCAUACUCAUUUCGUUUACAACUCUGUUUGUGUCCUGCUUACCAUUGAUGGGCUUAGCUCCAAUAGCUUUUAAAUCAAAACUAUGCAGAUCGUGGUUGAUUGCCGAAGCAUCCGACAACGUUCAAAGAGUAUUUUACGCCGUAUUCAUAGCGGUAGCAUCUUCUAAUCUCCUAGUGGCUUUUGCCUGCAAUGCAAAAACAGUGAAAGACGUUUACAGUAUGAAAGAUUCUCUCACAGAUCAGAGACAGGUAGCAGAAUUUUCACUACUGAUAGCAGUGGUUACAAUAGUUUUUUAUCUGGCCUGGUUCCCUGUCUUGAAGCUGGCGAACCGUGAAGGCGCACAGAACGAAUAUUGCAGUACUUCCCUAUCAACUUCUGUUAAACUGCGCGGAAAAAUAAAAAGGAAAUGUUUACAAUGCGUGACUGGAAUAUAAUUCAGCCUAAAAAGUCAAAGACUACUGCAAAAAAUUGCAGAUAUGUAGCUUUUAAUAAAAAUUGAUGAUUAAAAUUGGCGGAUCUUAAUUCCGUCAUGCUUAUGUAAAUAGCGAUUUAUUGCAGUUGCACCCUUUUAGUUGAAAUCCUCGACUAAAUAAACUAUGUAAUUAGCCUAAAGGAUGGUUAAUUAACUUUCUCUUUUCUCUUUAGGGCUAAUUAAAUGAUAUUUUUUUUACCCUCCAGGUAAUUAUUCCGAUGUCUCAGGCUGGUUAUCAAGUGGGCCGCGUAGCAAUCAUUUACUGCUUAAUAUCACCCACUCUGACUGGAAUGACAAACCCUCUCUUAUACGCAAUUUGCAGUAGUACAUAUCGUAAAUGUUAUACUGCUAUUUUGGGGAAAAUUUGCAAGCUUAUUACAGGCUGUACGCCUAAAUCAUGUAGGACUGAAGAAGAAUUGACUGCAACAACUGCAUCGACUACAGCAAAUAGCGUUACAGCUUUACUAGAGAGUCGGACAGCAAACGACUGUCUCCUGGAAGGUCGUCUAGGGAUUGCAGCGCAAUAUAAUAUUUUGAAGGGUUCGAAAUUGAGUUUGCUCAGUUCAGAAGAAGAUGAAAGGAUGUGAAAGAGAAGUAACGAAGAAGAAGAAGAAGAAGAAGACGAAGAAGAAGUGGGCACAAUGAUGAUAAGGAGGAGGAGGGGGAGGAGGAGAAACGGCAGCAGGUGAGGGUGAAAAGAGGAAAGGGAAAGCAUAUAACACAACGAAAAAGUUCUAUUGAGGGAAAAAAAACGAAAACAAUGAAAUUAUAGCAGGAAAAAAACAGAAUUGGAUGAAGAAAAUUGAUUUUUUUUUCACUAUCCGCCCACUUCUACCGUCAUCCAGUCUAUGUCUUUUUUCUCACCCUUCUCGCGUACAAAACAACUCCGCCUCAAGUCUCGAAAAGCUUGGUUAAACCAAAGAAGAAUACGAAAUUGAGGGACGUUAAUUGAGAGAAAUGCCGAACCGUAAAUGAUUUCUAUCGAAUUUCUACUAAUCAUUAGAAUAUAUCUUUUUUCCUCUUUUUCUUCUGUUUCCUUUCGUAUUCAUUUCUAAAUAAAUAAUAAGGAUUAUCCUUUCUUAUCUCCUUCUUUUAUAUUAAAGAAAGGAAAAUAACAUAUUACUUAAAAAAUUGAAAGGGUACAAAAAGGUUCCAAUCCUUUUAUUCACAAGGGAGUUAGCCCUAAUUGUUCACUAAUUCUUCUCUGAAUAUAUAAACGAAAAGAGCAGUCAAAUAUAUCUAUUUUGAUUUCUUAUCGAUAGAUGGCGUUCAAGUUAUUCGUCAACCCAAAUCUUCGUAAAUCCUAUCAACUUGAGCUCUAGAAAACUGUGACUUUAGGUACUCAAGUUCUCGAAUCGUACGACACUUUUGGUUUUAUAUUUCAUUUAUAAAGUUCAAUUUAGGUCAAGUUUAAAAGGUUCGAU